AAAUUGUGAGUUGACCCUAGGGAGUUGACAAAAUUGCCCAGUUUUGAGUACCUAAUACCUAUUGAAUUUUUAAAUAAAGAAGAAAAUCAAAAUAGUGAACAUGAGUGGCAGACUGUAUGUAAGCAGACUACCGUACGAAGCCCAAGAAAGUGACCUGCGAAAGUUUUUUUAUGAGUAUGGCAAAAUAAAAAAAAUACUGAUUUACACUGGUUACGCCCUAGUCGAAUUCUAUGAUCCACGUGACGCUGAUAAUGCCAUCCAAGAUUUAAACGAUAAGGAAUUACUUGGAAGAAAAUUGUUAGUGAAAUGGGCAAUGAGAAAAGCAGAUUUAAACAAAGCAACUUCAGUCCAAAUAGAAUACCGAUUAAUAGUCGAGAACUUAUCCCGUUCAUGUCACCCGUAUGAAUUGAAGAAGUUCAUGGAACAAGCUGGUAAAGUUGCUUAUGUAGAUAAAACCCGUAUAGACCAGGGCAUAGUAGAGUUCACCAACUUUAAAGACAUGAAGAAUGCCAUUAAUAAAUUAAACAGAACAAAAUUUAAAGGAAAACAUAUACGUUUAAUGGAGGACCCCAAAUCAAAAAACGAAAGAGAUCGAUCUAGGAGCAGUUCGCCUGAAACUUCAGGGGAAAUUAUUUCAAAUCUUCUUAGCGUUCAUUAUUAAAACAAAGGGAUACUUAUAAAUAUCUUUCCAGAAGCCCAAGCUUUUAGAAAUCUAAAUCAUCUUCCAGAUCUCCAAGUAAUGAUUAAAAACCACGUUUAUUUGUUUAAUUCCAAGAAAACAUUCGUUACUUGUAGGAUUUGUUAGAUUAUUAAAAUAAAUUUAUACUUUAAAUCUAUAGUUGAGUGGUUUUUAUUAUAGUAAAUAAGACACAUUCGUUGAAUUUGAUUAUUCUUUUGAUGCUGAUAAUGCCUUGUUCAUAUGAGCGAUAAGCCUUGAAAGCCGAAUAUCAGUAAAAAAAGAUAUAAUAAAAGUAUUGCCCAACAGAACCAAUUAUCAAAUAAUGUAUCUUUCACAAUUUCCUGGCAUGAUUUGAGGAAGUACAUGGGCAAAGUUUGCAACGUGGCUUACACGGAGUCCCACAAUAUCCAUAUAAACGGUAGAAAAAUACAUUUGACGGAGGACUUUAAAUCAAGAAGCAAAAGAGACCGCUCCAGGAGAACUUUAAGUUAUGCCAAAGACAAAGAGAGCAUAUUUAGUUCUAGAUCAAAAUCCCGUUCAAACAAAGGAACAAUUAUAAAUCUUCUUCUAGGUCCAGAAGCCCCAGUGUUAAAUGAUCCAAAUCGCCUUUAGGAUCUCUAUGUAAAGAUAAAGAUUUAAAAUUAUGUUUAUUAUGCAUACCUUCUUGCAUUUAAUGUAG